UAGAACUGUGCAAAUGUCUAUACAUGUCCUGUCAUGGCUCACACUUUCUGUGCCGGUGCUUCUGUUGUGGCCAGUAUGUGGAUCUGGAACUGAGGUGACUCCGCUGGAAACAUGUGUGUACUUGAUCACGCCACAGUACUCAGAUGAACUUGGUACCUAUCAAGACGGUGACGUGAUUAUUGGUGGUCUCAUCAAUUUACACAACCUGGCUGCAACUCCAGACCUGAGCUUCACCAGAAAACCUGGAUUAGCACAAUGCUUAGACCUGACAGCAGCCAUGUCAAUGAUCAGUGGAGGAAACAAAACUUGCGGUCCCACUAAACCAGCCAAGCUUCUAAUCGGAGAUUCUUCAUCUACUCAAAGCAUUCUUCUAUCCACAACCUUGGUUCCCCUGAAGAUUCCAAUGCUUUUACAGCAUGUUAAAGACGUUCAUUACACCACUCAGUUAGGAGAGGAGUUUUAUUUCCUAGAAGGUGGCAUUCCACCAGUCUAUGACUUGGUGAACUGGCAGAUAGCUCCUGAUGGUUCACUCCAAUAUGCUUUUAUUGGACAUGUGGAUGGGAACCAGCUCAGUAUUAAUGACUCAGCUAUCACAUGGCCUGGAGAUUCUGGCAAGGUUCCAAUAUCUGUGUGCACGUCUGAGUGUCCUCCAGGCACACGUAAAGCCAUUAAGAAGGGUCUUCCAGUGUGCUGUUUUGACUGCCUGCCCUGCACAGAGGGGGAAAUCAGCAACAGUACAGGCUCAAUAAAAUGUUAUCGCUGUCCUAAAGAGUUCUGGUCAAAUAGUUACAAAAAUGAAUGUGUGGCCCGUGAAACUGAGUUUCUUUCUGUUAAAGAAACGAUGGGCAUCACGCUGAUGAGUGUUGCUGUUUCCGGUGCUGUCAUGACAACUACAGUAGCUGUGAUUUUCCUCUACCACCGGAACACUCCAAUAGUAAAAGCCAACAACUCAGAGCUGAGCUUUCUGCUCCUGUUGUCUCUCAAACUUUGCUUCCUCUGUGCACUGGUGUUUGUGGGCCAGCCUUCACUCUGGUCAUGUAGGAUACAACAGGCUGCAUUUGGGAUUAGUUUUGUCCUGUGUAUCUCCUGUAUUCUGGUCAAGACAUUUGUUGUUCUAAUUGCAUUCCAUUCUACUAGACCUGAAUCUUCAGCUCUUAUCAAAUGGUUUGGACUGGGCAAGCAGAGAGGAAUUGUGCUGGUGUUUACCUGCGUCCAGGUGGUUAUUUGUGCCAUUUGGCUCUGUGUCAGUCCACCUUUACCUUACCAAAACUUUGGAAUGCACAGAUCAAAGGUCAUCCUUGAGUGCACAAUUGGGUCUGUUGUGGGAUUCACCUGUGUACUGGGUUACAUUGGCUUUUUGGCGACUGUCUGCUUCCUACUGGCCUUCUUUGCCCGCAAACUUCCAGAUAAUUUUAAUGAGGCAAAAUUUAUUACUUUCAGCAUGCUGAUCUUUUGUGCUGUCUGGGUUGCAUUUGUGCCAGCAUAUGUUAGCUCGCCAGGGAAGUACAGUGUAGUGGUGGAAGUUUUUGCCAUCCUGGCCUCUAGUUUUGGACUUUUGUUUUGUAUUUUUGUCCCAAAAUGUUACAUUAUUUUACUUAAGCCAGAAAACAACACUAAAAAGUUUCUUAUGGGAAAAGAAUAA